AUGGCGUCGAUACUUCUCCGCCGUGGCGCCUUCGCCGCUGCCCCUGCGGCUACAUCAGUUCUCUGGAGGACCACGGCUUCCUCCUCAAUAUUUUCCUUCCUAGUUCCCACCCUUGCUGUUGGCCUGAGAAUAAACAUCCCACCGAUUAUAUCAGAAAUCUGGGAGUCCAUCCUCAAGGCCGUCCCGAAAAAGAAACAGAGCCAUUCUCGAAAACGUAUGCGACAAUUGGCAGGAAAGGCUCUGCAGGAUAUCAAAGCUCUGAACGAAUGCCCAGGAUGCGGAUCUCUCAAACGGUCCCACCACCUUUGCCCGACAUGUGUGAAUGAGAUCAAGCAAAUGUGGAAGGAUGGGGUGGGAAUGGGCAGUUCCGGCACACCCACACCAUCGGGGCCUUCUGUCGGCGAUACCAAAAGUUCAAAUUAG